GUAUAAACCGGAAGUACUUCCACGGCAACCCGGAAGCUCAUGUAAAAAAGAAAAAGCUUGUAAAUGAAUCCGUCGUUUCGUUAUUGAUACUUGUUUUUUUCCACGCCCUGUCGCAUGAUCAAUGUUGUGCACUUGAAGACAUAUCCUGGUGACUAACUUUACUGAGAGCGACAACGAUCGUAUUGUUCGCUCAUGCUAAUGCUAAUGCUAAUGCUAAGGCGGUCUUCAUAGUUACAAUUCUCCACAAAGCAUGGCCAUGAAGUCCGGGGAAGAACGUCUGAAGGAGAUGGAGGCCGAGAUGGCUCUGUUUGAGCAGGAGGUGCUUGGAGGAACAGGUCCAAAUGCAGGAGGUGGAGCCGUGGUGGAGGCGCUCCCCGUGGCUUUGGCGGUCAUCCGACCAAUUAUUGGCACGGGCACCUACAGCCGGGUUCAGCAGACACUUGAUGCCAGGGCAGCUUUUGUUGGACCUCCACCUACCACCUUUGUUGCAGCAGUCCCUCCAGUGAGCACCCCCCCUCCUCCAUUGAUGAGACCGGCCUUCGUUCCACACAUCCUGCAGCGGCCAGGUGCUCAGAGGAUCCACAUCAUGCGUGCACCUCCUGUGGCUCCUCCCAUGCCCCGGCCUCCUCCACCCCCGCCCAUGAUGAUGCCGCCUUCCCUGCAGGGCCAAAGCCCUCCCAGUGUCUCCUCGCCAGUCCAGCACAUGACUGCUGCACCUGUGGUGAGCGACAUGAUGGCCAUGGUCCCUGCCCCGCCCACAAGACCGGGAGUCCCGCCUUCCAUGAAGUCGGCUGCGACCAUCUUCCAGGCUGCGCCCACGGUUUACUCCGCCCCUCCCGUCACCGUCGGACCCCCCAAAAAUGAUGCCCUUGCUCAGCGGCAAGCCAGAAUGGAGGAGCUGGCUGCUCGUGUUGCCGAGCAACAGGCUGCAGUGAUGGCAGCAGGUCUGCUGGACAGGAGGGAGAGUGAGGACAACACUGCAGUCAUUGGACCCAGCAUGCCAGAGCGGGAAGUACGCAAAGAGCCUGUGGAAAGUUCCAGUGAGGAGAAGAAGGCCAACAAGUCCAAGUCUGACAAGGUCAGAAAGUGCAUUCGAACAGCAGCAGGAAGCUCUUGGGAGGACCCCAGUCUGUUGGAGUGGGAGACAGAUGAUUUCCGUAUCUUCUGCGGGGAUCUUGGUAACGAGGUCAAUGACGACAUCCUGGCCAGAGCUUUCAGCAGGUAUCCAUCGUUCCUCAAAGCCAAGGUGGUGAGAGACAAGCGCACAGGAAAGACCAAAGGCUACGGCUUUGUCAGCUUCAAAGAUCCAAACGAUUACGUGCGAGCGAUGCGGGAGAUGAACGGCAAGUACGUCGGCAGCCGGCCCAUUAAGCUGAGGAAGAGCAUGUGGAGAGAUCGUAACAUGGAGGUUGUACGCAAGAAGCAGAGGGAGAAGAAGAAGCUGGGACUGCGAUAGUCUCCCACACAUAAGUACUACUAAGUACUACAUGGAUCACAUAAGUACUACAUGGAUCAACAUAGUCUCCCACACAUAAGUACUACAUGGAUCACAUAAGUACUACAUGGAUCAACAUAGUCUCCCACUCAUAAGUACUACAUGGAUCACGUAAGUACUACAUGGAUCACAUAAGUACUACAUGGAUCAACAUAGUCUCCCACACAUAAGUACUACAUGUAUCACAUACGUCCUACAUGGAUAACAUAAGUACUACAUGGAUCACAUAAGUACUACCGGUACAUGGUUCAACAUAGUCUCCCACACAUACUGUAAGUAUUACAUGGAUCAACAUAGUCUCCCACACAUAAGUACUACAUGGAUCACAUAAGUCCUACAUGGAUCACAUAAGUACUACAUGGAUCACAUAAGUACUACAUGGAUCACAUAACUGCUACAUGGAUCAACAUUUUUUAAUAAACUGCAUUCUUUUCUUGA